GAAUUCCCUUCUGUUGCCUGCCAGAACGUGCAUUUCAGAGAGUUGUGGGUACAGCAUGGCAUGUGUCAAGUUCCCUAGGAACUGUGGGAGUGAGGCUGCAGACAGUGAUCUGGAAUUCUGAGCCACCUCCUUGUUCCAAGAAACUCUGAAAAACAAAUCAGGCUUUUGCUGCGAUAUUAUCUUUGCAAGUUUGGGAAUAUUGGUCAUGUGUUGUUGUUUUUUAAAUGCAUGGUCAUCUAAUCCCUUGAAACCGAGGAUGUAAGGCUCACGAAACUGGAAAACAUCAGGUCUGACCAAAAGAGAAGAAAAGGGGGAGAGGGGGGAGAAACCAACACCCCACAACAACACACAGAGGCUCUGUCUAUUGAAAGGACUUGGCAGAGUUCAGUGGUGGCAGAACAACUCCAAGCGGUACUAAGGGACGUGCCCAGAGUGGACAAAUCAUGCUAAUUGUGUGCGAGAAGAACCUAAAACCAAACCCAAAAUGAAGAGAGAAAGAGAAGUCUUGUCCAGAGUUCUCAGCGUGUCGGGUUUUGUGCACGUAGCUUGCCUUCUUAUAAUCAACUACACAGAUCUGCUGGAAGGAGUCAAUAUCACCAGCCCGGUGCUGUUAAUCCACGGUACGGUUGGCAAGUCUGCCCUGCUCUCCGUGAAAUACACCAGCACCAGCCGUGACAAACCCGUGAUCAAAUGGCAAGUGAAGCGUGACAAGGCUGUGACGGUGGUCCAGUCCAUCGGCACCGGGAUCAUUGGUAACUUGCGCCAGGAGUACAGGGACCGGAUUAGAAUCUUUGAGAAUGGCUCCUUGCUGAUCAACGAGCUGCAGCUCUCUGACGAGGGAACGUAUGAAGUGGAAAUCUCCAUUACGGAUGACACUUUUACAGGGGAGAUGAACAUUAACCUUACAGUGGAUGUUCCAAUUUCAAAGCCUCAUGUCGCCCUGGCCUCUUCCACUGUGCUGGAGCUCAGCGAAUAUUUCACUCUGAACUGCUCCCAUGAAAAUGGCACAAAGCCCAGCUACACGUGGCUGAAGGACAGCAAGCCCCUCAGCAAUGACUCCCGGCUGAUCCUCUCCCAUGACCAGAAGGUGCUGACCAUCACCAGAGUCCUGAUGUCUGACGAUGACACCUACAGUUGUUUGGUGGAGAACCCCAUCAGCAACGGGCGCAGCAUCCCGAUAAAACUUACCGUGUACAGAAGGAGCUCCCUCUAUAUAAUCCUUUCGACUGGGGGAAUUUUCCUUCUGGUUACCUUAGUGACCGUCUGCGCCUGUUGGAAACCAUCCAAGAAAAACGAACGGAAAAUGGAGAAGCAAAAUUCCUCUGAAUACAUGGACCAGAAUGAAGAACAGUUGAAGCAGGAUGUGGAGAUUGUUCCCAGGAGUGGAGAGCAUGAACGCAAGAAUCCCGUUGCUUUGUACAUCCUGAAAGACAAGGACUCUCCAGAAGCUGAAGAGGAAUCCCUUACCGAGUCCCGAAACGCCGCCGAGCCCUCGCCGCCCAGCUACUCUAGCUCUCCCCCUCCUCCUGGAAGAUCACCUGGACUGCCUGUUCGGUCCGCUCGCCGAUACCAUCGCUCGCCAGCCAGGUCUCCGGCCACCUCCAGAACACACAUAUCUCCUACCAGGUCCCCAACCUCACCAGGGCGCACCCAAAACACCACACGCUUGGUGCGGACUGCUGGAGUUCAUAUCAUUCGAGAUCAGCAGGGGGAGGCCAGCACCGUGGAAAUCAAUGCCUGAAGGCAGCCAGCAGUGUGCAUCUGUCUUGCCUAUGUGUGUGUGCAGCGAGGAAGCCUUGCUGUGCUUGUGAAUGUUUCCUGGGGUAGCAGUGAAUUUGCACCGGGUGUUGUUGUUGUUGUUUUGCACUCGCAAAUGCAUGUUUCCUAUUCAAGGGAAGAUGCCUGGGCUCUGCUUGUAGGUAAAAAAGUGAAUCACGCAGUGUUCCACAGGGCUGGAUGGACCCACUUUAAAUGGUUUACAGUAGUUUCAACGCUCCUGCUUCCAUACAUACCUUUUAAAGGCACUAACUUGCUAUUUGUAGCACCCGGGGAGUUAGCACACUGGUGUCGAUAAAACUUUUGCUUUUGGGAACGAUGCCCAACUAAUUGCUUUAAAGCCCGAAGUUUCCAUCCAAGCCUUUUGAGACUUUUGUAUGGGUGGUGAUAAUGCAGACAAGGUAAAAGGUAAAGGGAUGCAGGUGGCGCUGUGGUCUAAACCACUGAGCCUCUUGGGCUUGUCGAUCAGAAGGUUGGCGGUUCAAAUCC